UCGCACAUGAGAGUCCACACAGGAGACAAACCAUUUCCUUGUGAUCUCUGUGGACAAAGAUUUAGUCUAAAGACAUCUUUAAACACACACAUGAGAGUCCACACAGGAGAAAAACCGUUUCCUUGUGAACUUUGUGGACAAAGAUUCAGUCACAAGACAACUUUAAAUACACACAUGAGGAUCCAUACAGGAGACAAACCGUUUCCUUGUGAUCUAUGUGGACAAAGAUUUAGCCAGAAGGCACAUUUAAUUACACACAUGAGAGUCCACACAGGAGACAAACCGUUUUCUUGUGAAAUUUGUGGACAGAGAUUUAGCCAGAAUGCAAAUUUAAACACCCACAUGAGAGUCCACGCAGAAGACAAAAUGUUUCCUUGUGAAUUUUGUGGACAAAGAUUUAGAUGGAAGACGAAUUUAAAUUCCCACAUGAGAGUCCACACAGGAGACAAACCAUUUCCUUGUGAGUUUUGUGGACAAAGAUUCAGUUGGAAGACGACUUUAAACUCACACAUGAGAGUCCACACAGGAGAGAAACCAUUUCCUUGUGAACUUUGUGGACAAAGAUUUAGCCUGAUGAAAACGUUAAACAUCCACAAGAGAGUCCACACAGGAGACAAACCAUUUCUUUGUGACCUUUGUGGGCAAAGAUUUAGCCAGAACGCAAAUUUAAAUGCCCACAUGAGUGUCCAUACAAGAGACAAACCAUUUCCUUGUGAUCUUUGUGGGCAAAGAUUUAGCCGGAAGGCAAAUUUAAACACACACAUGAGAGUCCACACAGGAGACAAACCGUUUCCUUGUGAACUUUGUGGACAAAGAUUUAGUCUAAAGGCAAAUUUAAACUCGCACAUGAGAGUUCACACAGGAGACAAACCAUUUCCUUGUGAACUUUGUGGACAAAGAUUUAGAGCCUGGUGCGCUGUUGAAAACCUGAGCAAAUUUGAAGAAGAGCCUCUUAAUGUCCUCAAAGCCAAGAAGGAUGUUUUUGAGAAUCCAUUGAAGGAGAAUGAUGUCCUCAGAUGUCUACAACAAGUGGAUGAUGAAUCCCAGAGUGAGCUGAAAGAGACUCUUCAAGGCAACGGUCAGGGUGCUAACCCGGCAGCUACAACCAUACCUGUCAGGAGUCUUGUCCAAUCCCUCCACUGCGUUGUUGGAGCAGACCAAGUCAGCCCUGUUGAUAACAUGUUUAGUGAAAGAGUUAUCUCCAUGGUUGAUAGCCAGCACCACCGCGCACCAAAUGCCACUAUGGGAUACAUUGAUGGGAAGGUGCAUGCAAAGCAGAACAAGACCCUUGAAUGGUUGAAAAAGAAGGACUGUAUUGAGCAGAACCGCCUCAUCCUGUUUGCUGUCAAGCGAGCAAAGCAAGUGAGGAGAAUCAGAAGGGAAAGGGAAAGACUGCGUGAAAAGGAAUACCAGGUCAGACUAGAGAAGAAGAAGCAAAAGAAGCAAACCAAACACCGGAACACCGUGGAGAAGAAACUGAAAGCAGCUGUAGAAAGUGGUGAACUUAAGGAUGAGCUGGCCAAAGAACUGGGUUUGAGUGACGAGCAGAGAGAAGUUCUUGGUGAUGUUGUGAUCAAUCCCAAGAGUCUGCUUCAAGACUGCACCAAUGUGACCUUUGACCUUGGAGUCAUCAAGGUCACCUGGUGA